ACAGGUCACUUGUAAGACUAAGAACCAGAUCAGGAAGUAUCAUUUUCCCAAGAAAAUUUUGACUUUUCUUUCUCGGAAAAUCUCUCCUUCUCUUUCACGCGAUCUAAAUUCUACAUUCAAUGGAUGCUGCUGCGAGGAGUUAUCCUCUGCAACUCCUUAUAUUGUUCUCAAUCGCUUCAAUCUUGUAUCAAUCUUGUGAUUCCUUCUUAACUCCUUCAAGCUCCAUUAUCGAUCCUUCUAAAGUCAAACAAGUUUCCUCGAAACCUAGGGCUUUUGUCUAUGAAGGCUUCUUAACGGACCUCGAAUGCGAUCAUUUGAUCUCUCUCGCGAAAUCGGAGCUCAAGAGAUCUGCAGUUGCGGAUAAUCUCAGUGGAGAGAGCAAGCUUAGCGAAGUCCGGACAAGCUCAGGGAUGUUUAUUCCUAAGGAAAAGGAUCCAAUUGUUGCUGGUAUAGAGGAUAAGAUUUCAACAUGGACAUUUCUUCCCAAAGAAAAUGGGGAAGACAUACAAGUGUUGAGAUAUGAGCAUGGACAGAAAUAUGAUCCGCAUUACGAUUACUUUGCUGACAAGGUGAAUAUUGCCAGGGGUGGACAUCGCAUAGCAACUGUUCUGAUGUAUCUUACAAAUGUGACCAAAGGUGGUGAAACAGUAUUUCCCCAAGCAGAGGAAUCUUCACGUCGUACAACUCCUGCAAAAGAUGAUGAUCUCUCAGAAUGUGCAAAGAAGGGAAUUGCAGUGAAACCUCGGAGAGGGGAUGCCCUUCUCUUCUUCAGUCUCUCCCCAACUGCUAUCCCUGACCCAAGCAGUUUGCAUGCUGGGUGCCCGGUGAUUGAAGGUGAGAAAUGGUCAGCAACAAAGUGGAUUCACGUUGAUUCUUUUGACAAGAAUUUGGCAGCCGGCGGCAACUGCACAGAUUUUAAUGAGAGUUGUGAGAGAUGGGCUGCUCUUGGUGAGUGCUCCAAUAACCCAGAGUAUAUGAUUGGAUCAGCAGAGCUUCCUGGCUAUUGUAGGAGAAGUUGCAAAGUAUGUUAGCUCUAAACUACAUGACUCCAUGAUAGUAUCUGCCGUUGGAUUUUCUCUGGUGGGUUAUCCAUUCAUUUUUUUGGUGGAUUAUAAAUAUACGUUAUCUUGUUACGGUUUUCAUGAACAUAGUUGAAAUGCUUUUAUUUUGAACCUUGAUUACACUAAUGUAAUAACUCUAUUUCAUCCUCCUUUUGUUGAAAAACCCUAUCGUUUGUAAAAUGAAAUGUAGAUAUGUACGAUAACUUGAACAGUACUCGAACAGACAACAGGAUCGGUCUUAUUUGCUUUGUUAACAUAUCCUUCGGGAAGAUUCUCAUUUGUCAUCCAAUAGUCUUUGUCUGAUAGCUAGUGUUUCAGCUGAAAUCUGCUAUGAAGUUUCUCUAUGUGCUACUCGUGCUUAUAUGAUGCCAUAUGCUACUCGUCCUUGAAUAAUUUUAGAGGCGUAUUUUCUCACAUCAACAUGAUGCAUUUAGAAUUUUAAACACUGAAUGUUUCUCACAAGAAUCGGUCUUUGAUUGACAAGAAACUGAUUCUUAUAUGAUGCCAUGUGCUACCCGUCGUUGAAUGAUUUUCUGAGGCGUAUUUUCUCACAUCAACAUGAUGCAUUAGAAUUUUAUACACUGAAUCUUUCUCACAAGAAUCUGUCUUUGAUUGAUCAAAAACCGAUUCUUUUCCUUACCGGUUAGCUUAAUUCGAAUGUGCCAUGAUGCCAUGGAAUUUUAAGCUAUAGGAAAUGUUCUUAGAUUCUUAUAGUGGUCAACCUUUUUCUGGGUGGGAAUGCUUUAUCAAUGAUCUCAUUUGAGUGCCUGAAACUUUUCUUUUCAAGAGAAAAGGUCAGUGACUAAAAGUUGAACCAGAUGCUCAGCCAUCACUGUGUUAAAGGCCAUUUAAACACUUUAAGUUCAAUGGUCGGACAGAUUCUCUUAUCUUCAAUGUAAAAAUGACUUAGCUUUAUAGGUUAAAGUAUUGCC